CACACCAAAUCCCCGCGGAUGCGACCGACGAUCCCUAAGUCACCACUCCUUCGCCCGUCAAAUUCUGCACCACCAAGACUCCUCCGUCGCUCAUCUAGUCAUGGUUCCUCAGGUUCCGAUGAGGGCGAAGUCGAUGAGACGGUUCCAGAAUGCGACAUCACCUUGGAUAAUGAAGCAGCUCCAUACGAGUUCUCUUUUGCAGUGCUGUCAAUCCUCCACAAACUACAGGUUCCUAUAUGGAGACAUCUACCGCAUUCGGCGGCGAAGAGCACCACUUGUACACGUAUUUCGGGAGCACUAACGAACGCGGUGUACCUCGUCAAACCACCAGACAACCCGGUCCUUCCGGAUCACGCUUUCAACCCGCCGCCCAAGCUUUUGCUCCGUGUCUAUGGCCCGAGAGUGGCUCAUCUUAUCGAUCGACCGGCUGAGCUUGGAAUGGUUGCUAGAUUAAGCAGGCAGCGCAUCGGUCCCAGAUUACUGGGUAUCUUCGCCAACGGCCGCUUCGAGCAGUGGCUCGAAAGUGAACCCUUAACCAAGGAAAGUAUGAGAGAACCUACAACUUCAGAGUGGAUCGCGCGCCGUAUGAAGGAGUUACACGAAGGCAUCAGUCUUGAGCAAGAAGAGAAGGCAGGUGGAGCAGCAGUCUGGAAGAAUUGGGAUAAAUGGCUCGCAAAGGCAUACGAAGUCAUCGCUCAACGCCGCGCAUCAUCAUGCCCCCACAUUACCGGCCGCUCCGGUCUUGCCAUCGGCACGAAAUGGGAAGAGUUUGUGGAUGCCGUCGCAAAGUACCGUGAAUGGCUCUACUCCACAUCAACCGACCAGACCCUCGUCUUCGCCCACAACGACACGCAGUACGGUAACCUCCUCCGACUUGCACGUCCACCAUCAAGCGCCCUCAAACCCUCCCGUGCACACCGCCAACUUGUCGUAAUCGAUUUCGAAUAUUCCGGACCAAGUCCACGGGCAUACGACGUCGCUAACCACUUCUGCGAAUGGAUGGCCGACUACCACUGUUCAACCCCCCACUUCAUGGACGAGAAACGGUAUCCGACGGCGGAGGAGCAAGCGAGGUUCUACAAAGCCUAUGCGGAACACAUGGCAACCACACCCAGGCUCUCCGAGUUCUCACUCGAUGGACCGGUCGACACGACCUCCAAAAACACCAUCAUCGAAACCCAAAUCGAAAAACUGGAACGCGAAGUCAAGGUAUGGCGUGCUGCAUCACACGCGCAGUGGGCGAUAUGGGGUGUCAUCCAGGCUGUGACCGAGACACCUGCUAUUUCGUCUGAUCCUGCACACCCUGAAGAUGGAGAGUGGAAUGAUGUGCAUGAGGUUGCAGAGGAGGAAGAGUUUGAUUACUUGGCGUAUGCUGAUCAGAGAAUGAGAUUGUUUUGGGGUGAUAUGGUGGAGCUAGGAUUAGCGGAAGGAGGCUCUUAUCCAUGGGAGGUCAAGAAGAUUAUGGAUUAACUGCUAGCACGGGAGACGACCGCGUAGGCUUGCUUUAAUGCAGAGAUCCAGGUGGUUACGAUAGCCUAUUAUAGCAUAGAC